CUUCCAACCAACUCCGACGGAUUUGCUCUGUCUCCCACCUUGUUUGCCUGUCUCUUCCAUUCCGGGGAGAUCAUGGCUUUUCGGCGCCCCCUGAUGCUGUCCUCGACGGCAUCAAUGCCUUUACUUUCGGCUUCUGGCCGAGUUACCCGGCUGACGGCCUCGCUUCCCCGAUUCACACCCUCCAGGGCCACAUCCAGCUCGACCUCAGCGCUGGCCUACAAGGCUCUGCAUCGACGAUCCCCAUUGACUCUGCCCGUGGCGGACAUCUCUCCACAAUGGGACGCCCCGACCGCUGUCUCGUCGAUUCUGUACGAGACCCCCGUCCGUCCAACCAACCCUCCCAAGCGCCAUAUCCUCAACUGUCUGGUGCAGAACGAGCCCGGCGUGCUUUCCCGUGUGUCGGGGAUUCUAGCCGCCCGCGGCUUCAAUAUCGACAGUCUCGUUGUUUGUAAUACCGAGGUUGAGGAUCUGUCUCGUAUGACUAUCGUGCUGCAGGGCCAGGACGGUGUCGUCGAGCAGGCCCGUCGUCAGCUCGACGAUCUCGUCCCCGUUUGGGCUGUUCUCGACUACACAGACUCUGCUCUGGUGCAGCGUGAACUGCUCCUGGCCAAGGUCAGCAUUCUGGGCCCCGAGUUCUUCGAGGAACUGCUCCAGCAUCACCGGGAGAUCACCACCCCGGCGGAUGUCGUGGAGGGACAGAAGGGGAAGAAGGGUGGCGCAGAGCCCGCUAAGACCACUGAAUUCCACCCUCGUAACUUGCCUAGCAGCCAGGCUCUGAGACACAAGCAUGAGCAUCUGGAUGCCAUCACCCGCUUGACUCAUCAGUUUGGCGGCAAGGUCUUGGAUAUCAGCACCAACAACUGCAUCGUUGAAGUUUCCGCCAAGCCCAACCGUAUUGACUCCUUCAUGAAGCUCAUCGCUCCCUUCGGUAUCCUCGAGUCCACCCGGACUGGCCUGAUGGCUCUUCCCCGUUCUCCUCUGUUUGAGCCUCGCGAAGAGAUUGAGAAGGAUGCCGCCGACGUGGUCGACGCCAGCACCCUCCCCCCUGGUUAAGAUGAAUGUCCGAUACGAAAGCUUGCAAGUGAAAAGCAAAUUUUAGUCCUUUACUGAAAGUUAAUUCCCUUGUUAUAAGAUUCCUUUUUUUUUUUUUUUUUUUUUCCGGGGGGAAUUCAGAAAUUCCCUUUCAACAACAUAACUUGCAUUUUAAAUAUGUUGUCAUAUAUCUAUAUCUCUUUUGCUCUUCAAUUUAGCAAUUCGCGUUGUUGUAAUUUGAGGAUUGUGUCUACCAACUUUACCACUUUCGGGUUGAUUUAGAGUAGUACAAUAGUCUACUUAAAGUUUUACUAAAUGGGUAGUUUGUAUAUAGAUACAAGGAAAGUAGUAGAAGAGAAGACUUGAAUUAUAGAAUGUAUCUAUCUCACUUAAUCAAUAGGUAAUAAUGCAACUGUUC